AGUGUGUCCCGCCCACACGGCUAUCAGAGCAGUGGGAGCCGCCGUUGGAGAGAGACGAGCCAGCCAGUAGCAUCUCUGCCCGCAGCUAGCUAGCUACUAGCUCCACAGAGCUAGCUACUAGCUCCACAGCAAGGCCACUGCGGGAACAUGGCCACGACGGACAAAACCAAACAUGAAGGAAGAGUUAAAAUCGGUCAUUAUAUCCUCGGAGACACCCUCGGAGUGGGCACAUUCGGGAAGGUUAAAGUUGGCCAGCAUGAGCUGACGAAGCAUCAAGUUGCCGUGAAGAUCUUGAACAGACAGAAGAUCCGGAGUCUGGACGUUGUGGGCAAGAUCCGCCGGGAGAUCCAGAACCUCAAGCUCUUCAGGCACCCUCACAUAAUCAAACUGUAUCAAGUUAUCAGCACACCUACAGACAUCUUCAUGGUGAUGGAGUAUGUAUCAGGAGGGGAGCUAUUUGACUACAUCUGCAAGAAUGGAAAGCUGGAGGAGAAGGAGAGCCGGCGGUUGUUUCAGCAGAUCAUCUCGGCGGUGGACUACUGCCACAGACACAUGGUGGUGCACAGAGACCUCAAGCCGGAGAACGUCCUCCUGGACGCCCAGAUGAACGCCAAGAUCGCAGACUUCGGUUUGUCAAACAUGAUGUCAGACGGCGAGUUCCUGAGAACCAGCUGUGGUUCUCCAAACUAUGCGGCCCCAGAGGUCAUCUCCGGGAGGCUGUACGCGGGCCCCGAAGUGGACAUCUGGAGCAGCGGGGUGAUCUUGUACGCCCUGCUGUGCGGGACGCUGCCCUUCGACGACGACCACGUGCCAACGCUCUUCAAGAAGAUCUGCGACGGGGUCUUCUUCACGCCCCAGUACCUGAACCCCGCGGUCAUCAGCCUCCUCAAACACAUGCUGCAGGUGGACCCCAUGAAGAGAGCCACCAUCAAGGAGAUCCGGGAGGAUGAGUGGUUCAAGGAGGAGCUGCCCAAGUACCUGUUCCCCGAGGACCCGUCCUACAGCAACAACAUGAUCGACGACGACGCGCUGAAAGAGGUGUGUGAGAAGCUCAAGUGCACCGAGGAGGAGGUGCUGACCUGUCUGUACAGCCGCGACCACCAGGACCCCCUGGCCGUGGCCUACCACCUCAUCAUCGACAACCGCCGCAUCAUGAGCGAGGCCAAGGACUUCUACCUGGCCUCCAGCCCCCCGGACUCCUUCCUGGACGACCAGCACCUGACGUCCUCCGGGGCCCUGGCCUCCUCUUCCUACUACUCCUCCUCCUCCUCCUCCGCGGCCGCCGCCUCCCCCGGCGCCCCCAUCCUCAAGCCCCACCCCGAACGCGUGCCAUUCCUGCUGGCGGAGACGCCGCCGCGGCCCCGCCACACCCUGGACGAGCUGAACCCCCAGAAGUCCAAGCACCAGGGCGUGCGGCGGGCCAAGUGGCACCUGGGCAUCCGUAGCCAGAGCCGGCCCAACGACAUCAUGUCGGAGGUCUGCCGCGCCAUGAAGCAACUGGACUACGAGUGGAAGGUGGUGAACCCCUACUACCUGAGAGUGAAGCGGAAGAACCCUGUCACGUCCAUGCAAACCAAGAUGAGCCUUCAGCUCUACCAGGUGGACAGUAGAACCUACCUCCUCGACUUCCGUAGCAUAGACGACGACAUGCUGGAGACUAAAUCCGGGACCACCACGCCCCACCGCUCAGGCUCCGUGGGAAACUGCCGCGUCGCCCUGAAGAGCGAGGGCGACGGGGCCGACGGGAAGGGGGAAGCCCCUCCCACCACCCCGGUCACCACCACCACCACCACCACCACCUCCUCCACCGCCAGGCCCCCUGGGGACGGGUCGCUUGCGGCCUCAUCGCUGACCUCGUCGGUUGACUCCGUGGGGGGCGGUGAUGCCACGACGUAUCCGCGGCCCGGAAGCCACACCAUAGAGUUCUUUGAGAUGUGCGCCAACCUUAUCAAACUGCUUGCGCGAUAGCCACGCUAACUGUCGCUAGCCUUUUUUAUUUUUUCUUGCUCUUUCGUCUGUUUCUUCUUUUUCUUUCCCUUGUUCUUUCUUUCUCCGAUCUUUCUAGUUGUCUCUCGUUUCUCUCUCUUCCUCUCUCUUCCCCCCUCCCCCUCCUCUGAGUGUCUUUAAAGCAAUAAGCAUGCAACUGAGCCAUGGCUGGGUCCGUCCCCCCUGCUCUGGAUUAACUAGUUGUACCAUGGCACUGAUGCUGGUUCCCCGACACCCUGAACCCAUGGAAUGUUUAUCAAGCUGGGGUAGUAGGGGAAGGGUUGGGUGAGGAAGGGGGCACGCAGGAAGAAGAAGUGACAUGCGACUCAAUAGUCACGGCCUAGUCAACGUUUUAAGAGAUGUUUUUUUUUUUACAUAUUCAUGAUCAAUUUUAUUGGCACACGACCUCUUGUCUGUUGAGCGCAUCGCCCCAGACCCUCCUGCGUCUAUAGGAAACUCCUGAAUGAUUACACUGAAUCUUUCCGUACUGCAGCCAAGGAGACUUUGGUUUCAGUGCGGAGAACAAAAGCAAGGUUUACCCUGCAGAGGUAGGGCGGUGGGGGGAGGGAGAGUACACAUUGAGGUGAGGGUAGUAGCCAUGGGAAAGGAAGCAGGAAGCACUUUUGCACAGUUCUGUCCCUCUUGCUGCUCCACUGCUUGCUCUCUUUUUAUACAUGGAGACCAGAGAUGCGGGUUGCAGAAGUUUCAGGGGCGCUGCUCAUCCUAGCACUAAAUUUGUCAUGCCAACCGGCUCAUUGGACUACAGAUGUGAAAUGACCCCCCUUGGGGACCUCUCGUGGAAGAGGGGCUGGAGGAGCAGAGGAGCGCGUCAUCAUGUUGGCUUGAUUUUGUUUUUACUUUUUCUUCAGUUUUUUUUGUUUGUUUCCAAAACUAUAUUUCCAUGGUUUUGUCCUUGUAAAGAUACCUGUAUGAAUAUGUAUGUCCCUUGCAUUUUUUUAUAUAUAAAGAAUUGAAUAUAUUUAUCAGUGCUUUAAUUGGAGGCGUGGAGGAUAUAUAUAUAU